UCCGCUUCCAUGUUCGCCAGGGUUUGUAUGUACUGCUACUGCUUGCUGGUGUGGUUGCUGUUGCCGUUGCGUAUCAGGGUCCAGUUGAGUAGCGUCGAGAUAUUCAUCAGGUACGAUGUCCGGGUCUUGGCCAGGAAAAGCUUCAUCUUCUUGGUGCACAGUACUGGUCACAUUCCCUUCCUGACGGGGAUUAACAAUCAAGCUUUCAAGACGCACCAUAGACAUGCAGAUACUUUACACUACUCUACAGCGAGCCGUAAGGUGAGCGGCCAUGAGACACAAGACUUGAGCCUGAAAGUUGGACAGGUAUGAUACUCGCUUGAUGUCUCGGUAGGGCUUGAAAUUGAAGGGUGAUGAGAAGCAUAUGGUCUAUGAUCGUCUGCAAAAAGAUCCGAUGCGAAACGGUGAAAGGAACGCUUGAAAUGCGAGGAGACAAGGUUUAUG